AGUACUGUUCGUUUACUUUCAAAAUGCAGACAAGAGAACAAUAAGCACUCUUUACAAAACUUCACACCUAGCGCCAUACACUUGUUUGUUCCAAGGGGCCGCCAGAGGCGCGCAAAGCCAGCGACAUAGACGGCUUUGGUAUUGGUAGCACCAAACUGUACUCUAGAAAUUCACUCGCUGCUCGUGGAGGCUGCAAAGCGCUAAGCCAGAAUUCUGUUGACGCUUUUUUCCCUGGCCGUGGAUUCUCUGAAGGAGGGCAAUCGGGGCAUAUCGCGACGACGUCCAUGCUGUGGCGGCUGAUUCCGUAGCGGCUGCAGCUGCUUCCUCUUGGAGUUAAAUCGGGAGGUCGUGCGCAAUAGCACCACAGGAAUGCAGCCCAGCGACGGGCAUUGCCGGCUAUGCAGGCGGUGUCAUAGGCAUUGCUUUGAGGGUAUUCGGAUGCUGCCAGCCACCGCCGUCGUGCUGCUAGUAAUACUGGCCAGCCGCAACGUGCAUGGAGCUGCAACAACAGACCGGCUACCUGCUGCCCAUGACCCGCUGCUGGGCGGCGAGGACACGGCGGUCAGCAGCAGCAGCAGCAGCAGCAGCAGCAGCAGCACCAGCAGUGGCAGUAGCAGCAGUAGCAGUAGCAGUAGCACCAGGCGCAGCCUGGUGACUGGCCCCACCACCGGUGCGCCUAUGGUGCCCUGCGACUUCGCCAUCGACCCCAGCGCGGCCGCAGGCGACCCGGCCCGCUGCAGGCUGCAGUGCGACGCGGCCAGCGUUGGCGGCGCCGUUCCGGACGUGGCCGUGGGCGCAGACCUGCACGCCUGCCUGCUGGCCGCGCCCGCGGGAUCCAUGGCGGGUGUCAAUGUGGUCGCCACGAGCCGGGUGGUGGCGGUGAGCGGCACGCCGCCCUCCACGGCGGACUGGGGCUUCACGCUUGGAGCCAAUGCGGUGGCGCUGCGGCUGCGCGGCGUCGUGAACCGGGCACCGCUCAGCUACUACGGCGCGCUGGUGCACUGCACCCACUGCGCUGACGUGGAUCUGGGCGUGACGGCCACCUCGCUGUACGGCGCCGUGGCCUCGGACGCCGCACUGGCCGCCGCCGCCGCCGCCACCGCCGCCGGCCGCGACGUCGGCACGGGCGCCGUGCAUCUGGGCGCCGCGGCGGACGUGGACGCGGCGUAUGUGCGCUGCACCAACAUCACCGGCGCCGCGGGCUGGGCCUGCCUGGCUAUGAGCUUCAACCCCGCCCAGGGGCUCAGCGCUCGGGUGCGUGAGGUGCAGGCCAGUGCCACCGCAACUUAUUGGCCGGCGGCGGCGACGGCCUGCGCGGACUUCGCCGGAGGAGGCCUGCUGGUGGGUGGCGGCGCGGUGCUGGUGCGGCCCGGCUCGGCGUACAUGGCGGCGGGCACGGACACGUGCAGCGCCGCCGCCACGGCGGCCGCCGUGAGCGUGACCUUCACCGGCGCCACGCCGGGUAUGGUGUCCGGCAACAGCGGCGGCUGCGGCGCAUUCCUCUCCGUGCUGGGCUGCGGCUCUGUCCCGGUAAGCGGCUGAGCGGGAUCCAGCGGGGUUUGUUAUCCGUGCGUAUAGUUCGCAUAUUGCUUGUACCCAGGGAUGUACCAUGUACACCCAUGUGUCAGUUUACAUUUGCGCGUACGUAGCGUAUACUGACAACGUAGAAUCCUUUGUGAGGACAACGCUGGCGUACACGUGUACAUGUACGGCGGCAGGAGGCGUUUCGGGGUGUUCAAAUGCUGAUGCCGAUUGCCAUUGUGGGUUUAGCAACCCAACUGCCUAGAAACCAUUAACACUGGUUUCAGUAGCCAAAACAAGUUGGAUAUGGCGGUGGUGAUGGUGGAGAGACCCAGGGGGGAUGGAGGGGUAUGGUCACAGCAGGGGGGCCAGGGAGCGUGAAAAUCGUGCUUAGGAGCCCCAAACGAUGCAGCUACUCCCCGCGUUAGU